AUGACCUCUGUCCCAGCAGCCGCCAACUGGACCGACAGCGCUGGGGGCAUGGGUGCGGACGCCGCGGGAAACCUGAGCUCGGCUCUGGGGGCGGGAGCGGUUGCGGGGACCGCUGAGGCCGAGUGGUUGCAACUGCUGGUCCAAGGCGGCAAUCUGUCUGCCUCGUCCUCCUCCGCGCUGGGACUCCCCGCGGCCUCCCUGGCGCCUUCCCAGCCCCGGGCCAACCUCACCAACCAGUUCGUGCAGCCGUCCUGGCGCAUCGCGCUCUGGUCCCUGGCGUAUGGCAUGGUGGUGGCCGUGGCCGUCUUCGGAAACCUCAUCGUCAUCUGGAUCAUCCUAGCCCACAAGCGCAUGAGGACCGUCACCAACUACUUCCUCGUGAAUCUGGCUUUCUCCGACGCCUCCAUGGCUGCCUUCAACACCUUGAUCAACUUCAUCUACGCGCUUCACAGCGAGUGGUACUUCGGCGCCAACUACUGCCGCUUCCAAAACUUCUUUCCCAUCACAGCGGUUUUUGCCAGCAUUUACUCUAUGACAGCCAUCGCGGUGGACAGGUAUAUGGCCAUUAUUGAUCCCUUGAAGCCCAGACUGUCUGCCACAGCCACCAAGAUUGUCAUUGGAAGUAUUUGGGUUCUAGCAUUUCUACUUGCUUUCCCUCAGUGUCUUUACUCCAAAACCAAAGUCAUGCCAGGACGUACUCUUUGUUAUGUGCAGUGGCCAGAAGGUCCCAAGCAACAUUUCAUUUACCAUAUUAUUGUCAUUAUACUGGUGUACUUUUUCCCAUUGCUUAUCAUGAGUAUCACAUACACCAUUGUUGGAAUUACUCUCUGGGGAGGAGAGAUCCCAGGAGAUACCUGUGACAAGUAUCGUGAACAACUAAAGGCUAAAAGAAAGGUUGUAAAAAUGAUGAUUAUUGUAGUGGUGACCUUUGCCGUCUGUUGGCUGCCCUAUCAUAUUUACUUCAUCCUCACUGCAAUCUAUCAACAACUGAAUAGGUGGAAAUACAUUCAACAGGUCUACCUGGCUAGUUUUUGGCUGGCAAUGAGCUCAACUAUGUACAACCCCAUCAUCUACUGCUGUCUGAAUAAGAGGUUUCGAGCUGGCUUCAAGAGAGCAUUUCGCUGGUGUCCUUUUAUCGAAGUUUCUAGCUAUGAUGAGCUGGAACUGAAGACCACCAGGUUUCAUCCGACUCGGCAAAGCAGCAUGUACACCGUGACCAGAAUGGAGUCCAUGACAGUGGUGUUUGACCCCAGUGAUGCAGACAGCUCCAAAUCCAGCCGGAAGAAGAGAGGGGCGCCAAGAGAUCCGAAUUUCAAUGGCUGCUCCCGCCGGAAUUCCAAAUCCACCUCCACCACUUCAAGUUUCAUAAGCUCGCCCUAUACGUCUGUGGAUGAAUAUUCCUAAAUCCACUUCCUGCUGUAUAGAGUAGUGUGAGGACAUCAUAG